CGACUUCCAACUCCCUCCUCCGCUGCUUCCCAACGCGACGUUCUCACCAAAGAUUUCCCCCAAAUCUCCUUCUCGGAGCUCGAGAGAGGUCGUUAAUGGCGCCUCGCAUGGGCUCUUUCCACCAAUUCUUGGAUCAAAGAAGCAAGGAAAGGCUCCUCCUCUCGUCCCAGAAGGACGGGGAUUGGGAUCUUGGAUUUGAUCCAGAGGACGACGAGGAACGAAGCCGAUGUAGCCGUCUUUGCUGCUGCCACUCUUGGAUCCGGGAGCUAUGGAAGAAGCUGCAGGAGAUGGCUGUGGCCGGGUGGGAGCUUGGGCGCUCGGAUCCCAGGAAGAUCGUUUUCGCCGGGAAGAUGGGGUUGGCGCUGACGCUGGUGUCUCUUCUCAUAUUUCUCGAGCCCUCGAAGAAUAUCGCGAGAUAUGCGGUUUGGGCUAUCCUUACUGUCGUUGUUGUCUUCGAAUUCAGUAUCGGCGCAACCCUCAGCAAAGGGCUUAAUCGGGGAUUAGGGACUUUAUUAGCUGGUGGUCUUGCACUAGGGGCUGCAGAGCUCUCACAUCUAAUGGGGGAUUGGGCGGAGCUUGCUACUAUCAUGUGGAUCUUUAUCAUGGGUUUUGUGGCGACCUUUGUAAGGCUAUACCCUACGAUGAAACCUUACGAUUAUGGAUUCCGAGUCUUCUUGCUUACGUUUUGUUUUAUUAUGGUAUCUGUAUCGGACGGGGAAUUUGUUGCAACAGCAGUUAAUCGAUUUUUGCUGAUUGCGCUCGGUGGUGGAGUUGGUUUGGGUGUGAAUUUGUGCAUCUUCCCUAUUUGGGCAGGAGAAGAUUUGCAUGACUUGGUGGUGAAGAAUUUCAUGGGUGUUGCCAAGUCUUUGGAAGGCUGUGUUAAUGGGUACCUGCAAUGUGUUGAAUAUGAGAGGGUACCUUCCAAAAUCCUCACAUAUCAAGCUUCUGAUGAUCCUUUAUAUAGUGGGUACAGGUCUGCUGUUCAAUCAACAUCCCAAGAGGACACUCUUUUAGGUUUUGCCAUUUGGGAACCACCACAUGGUCGUUAUAAGAUGCUAAAGUAUCCAUGGAAAAACUAUGUAAAAGUGAGUGGUGCCUUGAGGCAUUGUGCAUUUAUGGUCAUGGCGAUGCACGGAUGCAUACUUUCUGAGAUUCAGGCUCCACCAGAAAGGCGACGUGUUUUUAGCAAUGAGAUGCAGAGGGUAGGCAGUGAAGGAGCCAAAGUGCUGCGUGAACUGGGAAACAGAGUCAAGACUAUGACAAGAUUAAGCUCCCCAAACAUCCUGUUUGAAGUCCAUGAAGCAGCCGAAGAUCUGCAGAGGAAGAUAGACCGUAAAUCCUACCUUCUCGUUAAUUCUCAACAUUGGGAGAUCGGGAAGCGGCCGGAAGGCAUUGAGCAUGUGGACGGGGUCAACAUCGGCAACAGGUUCCUUGCAACAAAGUCUCUAAGUGAAACCGUGAUCGACUUCAGAGCAAUCAACAACUUAUCAAAGAGCUGGGAUGUUCAAAAUUCAGUCAACACCGGUCUCGAUUUAUCUACACAAACAGCUGGCUCCCCAGAAGCAUUACUGACGAAACAGAUAUCGUGGCCUGGACGGCAAAUUUCCAUUCUAGACAACAUUCCUGAUGAAGAAGAACCAUCAACCUAUGAAAGUGCUAGUGCGCUGUCUCUAGCAACAUUCACAUCCCUUCUGAUCGAGUUUGUCGCGAGGCUUCAGAAUCUUGUAGAUGCAUUUGAGGAGCUAAGUGAGAAAGCUAAAUUCAAAGAGCCUGAGCAGGAAUUGAUUGUCCAGAACUCUGGAUUCUGGACUAAGGUAAGAAAUUGUUUUGGAUGGCGAGACUAAAUUAUCGAACCGGGUGAUUUAUAUUUCUUGUGUUUCAUAAAAUUAAAACAGAAUGAUUUGAUCUUUAUAAUUGUAAAGAUAUAAGGUGGAAUAAGGUAGGUUUUUUGGUGAUCUUGAGAGGGCUAUGACUCUAAUGUAUAAUUUAUUAGCUUCCCAAAAUUGAAGUAAAUGAGUUUUUGCUUUUGUACA